AUGCAUGACGGCAACGAGGGCACCGAGUCUUACUUCAUUGAUUGCAACGAUGCCGGAGCUGAAUUCAUACAUGCCGUUGCACGUGGAGUGUCUGUGUCAGAUGUUGUCGAGCCCAAAUAUGUGCCUCCGAUAGUGUCGUCGUUCUUCCCGAAAAAAGAAACACUUAACUGCGAAGAGCUUUUGAAGCCUUUGUUGGUGGCGCAAGUGACCGAGCUCGACGACGGAUUCUUCGUCAGCUGUGCCAUUAAUCAUGUCGUUGCUGACGGAGGGUCCUUUUGGCACUUCUUCAACUCCUGGUCCGAAAUAGCCCGCGGCUUGGACACAAUAUCGAAAGCCCCUUUUUUUGAUCGUUGGUCCCCGAGCAAGGUUCUUGAUAAAAAUAGUCGGAUCCGUGUUCCACGGAUUGAUCGAAAUCCAACGGCCACGGAAGCUCCUCGUCCGCCCAUGCUCAAAAGAGUUUUCCACUUCAGCAAAGAAAGUUUAGACAAGCUGAAAAUCAAGGCCGGCUCGGAAUCCGGAUGCGGCGCGAAAUUCUCCACAUUUCAAGCUCUAUCAGCUCAUUUAUGGGGACGUCGAAAUUUUGUUGUUGGUUCACCGCGCUUUGAGGUCUAUGGCUGCGAUUUUGGAUUCGGGAAACCGGUUGCCUGCAGGACCGGCGGAAAGGAAAAGCACGACGGGAAGGUGACAGUUUAUCCGGCAGCUCAGCGCGGAGGCAUCGACGUCGAAGUUUGCUUGUCGCCGGCGGCGAUGAAGGCCUUGGAGGAUGAUGUUGAGUUCAAGGAAGCUAUAACCAUUUGA